AUGUUUGGUCUGGCAUCAUCCACAACUCCAUCAUUUGGAGGAUUUGGAUCUGGAAAUACAAAUGCAACUGGGGGUGGACUAUUCGGACCAAAGUCAGGGUCUGUAGGCUCUGCACCCAGUGGAGGUUUAUUCGGACAAUCAAAUGCUCAGCAGCAACCGCAACAACAACAACAGAAUACAUCAGGAGGAUUGUUUGGGAGUAAACCUGCAGGAAGCACGAAUGGUGGGUUAUUUGGUCAAAGUAGUACCAGUGGCACCAGUGGUGGAUUAUUUGGACAAUCAAACCAACAACAACAACAACAGCAGCCAUCGCAGUCAGGAGGCUUAUUUGGCAAUAUUCAAAACCAACAACAACAACAACAACCUUCGUCUGGUAAUGGGCUUUUUGGACAGCUGAACCAGCAACAACCAUCUACUGGAGGUGGAUUAUUUGGAGGACAACUGAAUACUACUACGAGUGGUGGUUUAUUUGGGAAACCUAGUACUACAUCAGGUGGUUUAUUUGGUUCAAGUUCUUCUUCGCAACCAAAUGGUGGUAUUGUCGGUGGAGGAAGUAAUACAAACCAAUCGAGUGGAGGAUUGUUUGGCAACAGUAACACAAGUACACAACAAAGUGGGAGUUUAUUUGGAUCAAAUACCAAUCAAUCUGGUGGUGGAUUAUUUGGAAGCAAACCUGCAAUUUCAGGUGGGCUCUUUGGACAAUCUUCGCAGUCUCAGCAACAACAGCAGCAGCAAUCACAACAGUCAAACGAAACAACUCAAUUAACAGCUAUGACUAGAGUUGGUGACCUCCCGCCAAACAUCAAAAAUGAAUUACAGCAGCUUGAUACAUAUAUAAAUACUCAGCAUCUAAUUGCGACUACAUUGAACUCAGAUAUCACCAAACAUGAUGAUUUGAUCAAUACCAUUCCCAAAGAUAUUACGUACUUGCAAAACAAAUUGCUAUCCACGAAGCAAGCCCUUAAAUUUGACACCAACCAAUUACAAGACCUCAAGAACAUGAACAAUGAAAUCACAGAGGAUGUAAAUAACAUCAUGCAACUAAUCAUUCAGUUGAGUACUCCGGGAACAAAGUUAUCUAGCUCAUACCAAUUAAAUGAGUUUUUUAUCAAAAAGAUUAAAAAGUAUUACGAAGUGCUCAAUAUAUACGAAGAGACAAUCAAUGAGUUGGAGAGUGUACUAAAUGGAUUGGAGAAAAACUGCAACGAAGGGUUUGGCAACUUGGCUAGUAUCAUUCAAGUCAUCAAAUCACAAUAUACUCUAUUCAUGGAUCUAUGUGAGACUAUGGCUCAAUUGCAUAAUGAGAUAAAUAGGCAGAGCGGUCCCACGCAGACUGAAAAGAAAGAAAAAAAGAAAAAGAAGAAAGUGAUCCCUGUUCAAAGUUCAAAUAUAACCAUCACCAAAGCAAAACAGCAUAUACCGACGCCAACUGUCGAAGACAACACUCCACUCGACGAAAUCAACGACUAUGACGAAUCUAAACCAAUGAUAGUCGAGAAUGUAAAGGAGCAUAAAGGAUUCAAACGAAUAGACAACAAGUCAUUGGUGGAGCUACCCACACAAGAACGACAAGCGUCAUCAACUACACCAACUUCAGCAGCAUCACAAAGCACCGUGUAUCGUGAUGCAUCCGGUCGAAUCAUUGAUAUUGAGGAGGCCAACCGAAAUUUCCAACAACGCAAAGAUGAGAAACACGAGCUGCGACAGCAAACACAAGUCCGCACAUCAGUCCAAGAACAACAGCAGCAAGAAUCGACCAAGUUCAAACUCAAACUCAAUGAUAAUUUCGAAGAUCCCCUAAAUAUUUUCCAAGACGACGAUGACAAAGAGAAGCUCGAAUAUGAAGAUAAACCGCGAUCACAAUAUAUGUAUAACAAGGGGGUCAACCCACUGAAUCGAUUUGAUAUCCCAGCUGGAUAUUUUUGGGAUGGUAUUGAUCGAUCCAAUGGGUUUGAGGAGUUAAUGUUGAGGAAGAUUAAUGAAAGGAGCUAUAACAAAAUGGAAGGGAAGUUUAAUCAAGAUUAUGAGUUGGAUUUUGACGUCGAUUAG